AUGCCUUACACGCCGCCCUCACAUCGAUCUCCCGCCUCGUCAGCAUCCGCGUCGCCCGUUGCGAGUCGGCGGUCCUCUCUACAAUCGAGUCCGAGACCUAACCUACCGCGAUCUGCUUCAUAUCUUACCAAGCACCGACGAACACCUUCAGCUUCUGCCCUCAGCGAUGGAUCUACGGGGACGUUGACACCACAGGGAACAUCGGAAGAUCUUAAGAGUAUGGGCACAGCCGUUCCAUCAAGCGUGCGGCAAUCACCACCGCCUGUGACAGACGACCGCACAAUGCCCAUGGGUGCUAUCAUCUCGCCACCCGAUUCUGCUUCCUCCGGUAGCGACGACGAGGAGCAAGGUCCCGAAAUUCGAGGCCGAAAGCUCGACAAGGCUCUUCGAGAUGCUGUCAGCCAGAUCCCUAUGCAGCGUUCAUCUUCACCUGAGCGAUCACAGGUUCAGACUCAAAAUGCCACAGAACACCUCCAGCUCCGACGCAAAGAUGGUGUUCAUCUGAGCUUCAGCACAAGUGCCCUCGAUGGCCUUGCCAAGGGCCGCAAGAUGGGUCACGUCCGAUCAGCUACUGAGCCUAACGCCGGUCUACCUAAGACCGAUGACAACUCAGUCUCAGUGUCAGAGGAGGAGACUGAUGAGGAUUUGCUUAAGAAGCCUCAAAUGGUGCGAAAGAAGUCUGGUGAGCUUGUCCGACCUGCACUCCGUCCUUCAUCGCGCCGCCGCCCCUCAAGUAUGCCCGGUACCCCCAUCUUCUCUAAGGCUGUCCACUUCGAUUCACAUCUUGAGCACGUCCGACACUUUCUGCAGGUGGACCGACCUCUCGCUGUGAGUGCUGGCUCUUCUCCUAUUGAUGCCUAUGAGAGUGACACCGAGUAUCCCUUCCCUGGCAACGGCAAGCAGACUGCCCGCACCCCUCCUUUCGAGUGGGAGAUCCUCACUACAAACUUCCCUCAUGACUCUGUGGUGCGUAAGUCGCUGCCCGUCCGGUUAGAAAAGCUGUGGCUCUCGGCCGACCAAAAGACCCUUUUGGGUUCUGUGGCUGUCGCCAACCUCGCAUUCAACAAGGCCGUUACGUGUCGUUUCACCCUGGACUACUGGAAGACCACCUCGGAGGUUGCCGCUGACUACAGCCACGAAAUCCGCCCACGGGAAACCCCACUUGGACAUGACCGCUUUACCUUUUCCAUCAAGCUCGCUGAUACAGCCAACCUCGAGUCCAAGACCCUCUUCCUCUGUGUUCGCUACACCGUUAACGGAACAGAGUACUGGGACAACAAUGCCAACUCUAACUUCCAGAUCGACUUCCGAAAGAAGCAUCUGCCCAUGAACGGCAAGAACAACUUCCAGGGCGCUUCUUCUCGACCGGCUAAUGGCCUCCCCCGGAGCAGCCGACGCACCGGCAGCGCCAACCAGCCCCGACCCAAGUCGAUGCCCGUCGGCUUCGGCGACUUCAGCGAUGAUGCAAAGAUCACCUUUGAUCAGCCCAUCCACGAGUAUCUCGGCGAGUCUGAGAACAGCACCGGCGGCCUCCGUCUCAAGUCCAAGUCUACUGGAAACCUGGCUAGUGAUAACAUCUCCAAGGACUUCGGCUCACCUAGCGGUGUUGCCUUCUCUAACCGAUACGACUUUGGUGCCUCUUUGAGCGCUGCCGUUCAGGCUGCCAAGGACAAAGAGACCUCUCAGGAGAAGGAUGGACUUUACAUGAAGGCCAACGUCCGGAGUUCCAAGCCCGCCCUUGCUGUCCCCGAACCGGUCAACAAUGUCAAGAGCCAGGCCACGGCCCCCGGAGCUACUUCUCCCAACUCAACUAUUUCCAGCUCCUCAUACGAAGAGCUGGUUAAUAAGUACUGCUUUGUACGUUCCCCUGAAGUCCGCCCUUCACCCAUAGCUUCUGGUCCCCGUCGCCGUCCCCUUGGUCUCCCGAAUCGUAUCAUCAUUCCUUCCAGCCAAUGGGAUGGCACGGCAACCCAGAAGCAAAAUGAGAGAUUUGGAUCAAAACAGUCGAGUCCUGACAUGAAGGAUGGUACACUCAGUGGUGCCCGCUUCGACAGGGCUACCGGUGGUAACAACCACCGACGCAGCCACACCACCUCUCUGGGAAGCCCGAUCGGACAUGUCCAACACGCCGGUCAUGCAGCUCAUCACAGCCUGUUGCACGGCGCCUUUACUCCCCCGUCCGGCGCUUCAACACCCAAAGAUGCCUUUCUUGCAAACAGCACAUCGCCCUCUCCGAGACCUUCUGCCACGGCGAGGUCCGCCUCUCCCGCCUUUAUGACGUUUGAUGGUACACCGUCAAACGAUCUGUCCUACCAUGUUCAACAACAAAUAAUGGAUCGGUUCCCUUGGUCGGGCGAUGGGCAUGCUGCUACGGCGAUCCGAGGAUAG